CAUGUUGGUCCUUGUGGUCCUAUUAGUGGCCGGUUGUGGCCUGCGGGCUCAGGCUUGUGUCGAUCGCGUGCCGGUGGUGAAAAUGCGCGGAACUGUGGUUACGAUGCGUAAACCUCAAAAUCAUGGAAACUGCACUGGUAAUUGUGGAUCCUUGGUGGGCAGAACUAGAACGGAGACUUACUUGUCCUACGAAGAAGUGUGCUGUGAAGGCUACGUACGUGAUGAGGAUGAGGAGUGCAUCCCUCAGUGCAAGAGCUGUGGAACGAAUGGAAAGUGCCUGUCGCCAGAUGUGUGUCUUUGCGGGAAGGGCUAUUCGAAUCGAAAGGAUCGGGGUGUUUGCGAGCCGGAAUGCAGCGAGUCUUGCGAAAACGGUAGCUGUGUGGCUCCGGAUGAGUGUCAGUGCGAUGUGGGCCACCGGUUCGUAAAUGGAUCCCUGUCGGUGUGUGAGCCCGCCUGCCCCGGCGACUGCACCCACGGACGUUGCCUGGAGAGCGGAGAGUGCCAGUGCCUGGUGGGCUAUCAGUGGGACGUUCAGCUAAAGAAGUGCGUCCCCGUGUGCCAAAACCCAUGCUGGCAUGGCGAUUGUGUGGCGCCCAACGAAUGCCGGUGCCACAGGGGCUAUGAGCCUCUCUUCCUACAGCCCUGGAAGUGCGAUCCCGUCUGCUCGAAUGGGUGUGCCAACGGUGUUUGCGUUUCCCCCGAGGUGUGCUACUGUAAGCCUGGCUUUGUCCACAUCGACCCGAAGAAUGUUUCCUCAAACUGCCAGCCGCAGUGCAAGCCGCCCUGCGUUAACGGCACCUGCAUCUCACCUGGACGUUGCAUUUGCAACGAAGGCCAUGUCUUCGCCGAUACUUCAGAGACCGUGUGUCAGCCAAGCUGUCCGAAAAACUGCGAAAAUGGCAUCUGCAAGGGUCCCGGACAGUGCGAGUGCUUUGCUGGCUACGAAAAAACGUCCCCACACCGCUGUACCCCCGUCUGCACCACGACUUGCGGACGCAAUGCCCACUGCUCCGCUCCGGACGUCUGCGCCUGUGAGGCGGGCUACACCUUCGUUAAUGGCAGCAUCACUGAAUGUGAGCCCCUCUGUCCCCGGAACUGCAGGAACGGAGUGUGCAGCAGUCCAGGCAUAUGCAGCUGCUGGGAGGGAUACCAGGCUCUGCUCAGUUUUUACUGCAUUCCCAUAUGCGCGAGAUCCUGCCUACACGGGAGCUGUGUGGCGCCAAACGAGUGUCGUUGCUUCACCGGCUACCGACCGAGUCCAACGAUGGGGUCGAGAAUCUGCGAACCGAUCUGCAGCCAGGACUGCGGACACGGUCGCUGCAUUGCCCCGGAGAUAUGCCAGUGCGACCCGGGAUACGCCAAGCGAUGGCCCAUGGGCACCUGCGAGCCCCACUGCCAGCAGAAGUGCGUGAACAGCCACUGCGAAGGCGCGGGGAAAUGCCGCUGCUACGAGGGCUUCCAACUGCGGCAGAACUCCAGUUCCAUCUGCGAUCCCGUAUGUUCGCCUGCCUGCCAGAACUCAACCUGCGUCGAGCCCGAUACAUGCGCCUGUCUGCCCGGGUACGAGGACACCAAGGUGAAGUAUCAAUGUGUGCCUGCCUGUCGGCCCAGAUGCGAGAACGGGCGCUGCACAGCCCCAGGUCAAUGCAGCUGCGAUCCGGGCCAUUCGGUGACCAAUGCCAGUGAGCCCCACUCUUGCCGCCCCCAGUGCCGGGAGCAGUGUAUCAACGCCGAGUGCUUGGCCCCGGAAAAAUGUGUUUGCCUGCCCGGCUACCGAAUGUUGAGUGGAAGCAGCAGUGAGUGCGAACCGAUUUGCUCCAAGCCAUGUGGAUCGGGCAGGGUGUGCACCGGUCCCGAAACUUGUGAAGGAGAGAAUGCCGACAUGGACUCAAGUCUUGGAUUGGCAUCUAGCUUAUCCGAGUCCGGCACACAUCUGGCCUUCCACUGGACCAUGUUUGUGCUGGCCAUCUUGCUGUGCUUGGCGCUAGUGAUGGCUCCUCUGCUGGUGAUCAGGGAAAUGCAGCGACGCAGACGAGGGGGCGACAAGCAGCGGACACAUCUGAUCGAGAAUCCCUCCUACGGAGUGAUGAUGGCCAAUGACGACGCCACCAGCGAACAGGGAAUCGGCUUGGGGGACUAAUCUCGCAUCUGUUCGCUCUAAUAUCAAAGAACUGCAUUCCAUCUACUCGGAAAUAUUUUAAUUUAAGUGUUUAUGGCUUGGUUUCAUUUUCAAUGUCUACAGCGAUGAAUGCUUGGCAUCAUCGAACACAAUACACACGUACAUAAAUAUAUGUAUCUAUAUAGAGUUAUGCUAAUAUUUACGAUUAGGGUUAAGAAUGUAAUCUAAUGAAAUAAAUUAUGUUAUACAUACA